AUGAAGCAUCAAACAAAGUUCAAGGAAGCUGCUUACGUUGUGAGGGUUUUGACCGCCUACGGCUACCAGUAUACAAAUGGAAACGCCCUGCACCACCUCAUGGUCUGGCGCGCCGGUGGCUGCACUAGGAGCAUUAGUAGCCCGCGGGCCGCAACCACGGCGCCCAUGCAUCGGGCUGUUGGGCGGUACUGUAUUACCGUAUAA